UGCACCCCCCCUCCACGCAGUUCCGCGUUACAGCGCUUUAAAAGUUCUACAGCUUCGCCUCCGAUCUUCACUCUCAGGGCGCACGAGACCACGAUCAUCAUCAUCAUGUCCGAUCGAGGAACCUUCGACACUAAUGUGGUCACCGUGACCCGGUUCGUCAUGGAGGAGGGCAGGAAAGCGAAAGGCACGGGGGAGCUGACAACGCUGCUCAACUCUCUGUGCACGGCAGUGAAGGCCAUUUCCAGCGCCGUGCGUAAAGCUGGAAUCGCCAAUCUCUACGGCAUUGCAGGCAGCACAAAUGUGACAGGUGACCAGGUGAAGAAACUGGACAUUCUGUCCAAUGAUUUGGUGAUCAACAUGAUCAAGUCGUCCUUUACCUCCUGCGUGCUGGUUUCUGAAGAGAAUGACAAAGUCGUCAUCGUGGAGCCAGAAUCCAGGGGCAAAUACGUCGUUUGCUUUGACCCUCUGGACGGCUCCUCCAACAUCGAUUGCCUCGUCUCCAUUGGUACCAUCUUUGCCGUCUACAGAAAGACCACAGACGAUGAGCCGAGCGAGAAGGACGCCCUCCAGCCUGGUAGGAACCUUGUGGCAGCAGGCUACGCCCUGUACGGCAGUGCCACCAUGAUUGUGCUCUCCACCGGCAACGGAGUCAACUGCUUCAUGCUCGACCCAGCACUUGGUGAAUUUAUCCUGGUUGAUCGGGACGUGAAGAUAAAGAAGCGAGGCAAGAUUUACAGCUUAAAUGAAGGAUAUGCGAAGCACUUUGACCCGGCUGUCACCGAGUACCUGCAGAAGAAGAAGUUCCCUGAGGAUGGCAGUGAGCCGUAUGGCGCCCGCUACAUCGGUUCCAUGGUGGCAGACGUUCACCGAACACUGAUGUACGGAGGCAUCUUUUUAUACCCAGGAAAUGUGAAGAGCCCAAAGGGAAAGCUGCGGCUGCUCUACGAAUGCAACCCGAUGGCCUUCAUCAUGGAGCAGGCGGGCGGCAUGGCCUCCACUGGCUUUGAGAACAUCCUGGACAUACAGCCAGACAACAUCCAUCAGCGGGCUCCUGUGGCGCUGGGCUCCCCUGAGGACGUGUUGGAGUACGUCGCCAUCUGCAAGAAACAUGCCCAGAAGUGAUCUGGCAAAAAAAACAAACUUGUUUUUCCAAACUGUGUUGCACUGAGACAGUUUUAUUGAUCUCAAUGAAAAUGUAGUUUUCAUGAUGUCUUACGCAGUUUUUUUUCUGAAGGUCAAAAACCAAGGUAUUUUCUUUGUGAAGUCAACUCCGUUCAGAGUUGGUUUGAUGCCAAACCAGCAAUGUUCAUGUUCUGUUUUCAGAAAACUGACAGACCAAAGAUGAAAUAGACCAAAGAUGUUUCAGUGGAAAUAUCAUAACCAUGGUUCAUAAGCUCAAGUGACAAUAAUGCACACAUUCCACAAAUACAUCUAAAAUGUGCCAAAAACAUGCACUAUAAACCUCCAGUCGUGCCUUAAUAUGAAUGAACAUUUAUUCUAGAUAUGUGAAGGACCAAAAACAACCUCUAUGCAAACAAAACCUGAUGCCUAUAUAUUAAUAUUAUUAUUAUGUGAACAACAACUGUUUGAAAUGAUGAAUCUCAAUAAAUGAGUCUCCAAAGACUAAA